AUGCCAUCAGGCGCGACCAGGGCCGAAGUUUUGAGCCACCAACCACUCGGAUCGUAUGUGGAGGAGACCUCCAUCAUCAAGACCCUCUGGAGUUCAUUCGACGCGUCCUUCCAAGCAUAUGCUCAGCAUGUACCAUUCAAAGUACUAUCCCGCCUUACCGCCCUGAACGUUGACAUCCACCACAACGUUGCGCGAGAGCACCUUAACGCGAAAAGUUACCCAAACUACCUUGACAUCGUGUUCGCCGUGGGCAUCGCAAUCGGAUGCCAGUAUUUCGCUCAGCAAAUUAAAGCUUCGACUACGUUCCGCAUCUUCUCACGCAACAAUCAACUGAUGGGCGAGAUGGUGCCCGGGGAGAUCAGAGGUGAUUCGUUCGAUGUCAUGCUGGCCAGCCAGAGAUGCCGCACUAUGUGCUACCACGGCUUUCGCGCUGUUUGGGACGAGAACCUAUGCGCGUGUGUCAUGCAGGUGGAGGAAGUCAAGCACGAUUGGGUUCCGUACGAGGUCGAGUACGCGUACUAG